GCUGCGAGGGCUCGGGAAGGGGAGGUAGGAGCGGGGACGCGGUCCGGAGGAUCACAGCCUCCGCCCCUCCCCGGCCGGCAGACCCAGGAGCCCAGGGCCCCAGCUGGAAGGACCCCCGAUUGCAUCAUCCGUUCAGGCUGACCUGGCCACCGUGGAAUUCUAGCAUCUGCCAUGUAGGUCAAAUAUCAAGGGUCAAGCGUCGGGAAGGUGAUUGGGCGGGUCUGUCUGGGUAUAAAUUCUGGAGCACCUGCAUUCUUCCCAAGAGAUCUGGGUGUCCUGUCAGCUGUGAAUCCAGGUGCAAGAGGACCCAGGCAUUUCAGCUACCAGAGAAGCCAUCGUGAAUCUGCUCUCCCCGACAACCAGGCUCUGAAACAGAAUCUAGACCAUUCAGGUCUUCAAAGCCCAGACCCCAUACCUCACUUGAGGACGUGAACCAUUGAUGGGCUGGGACAAGGCCAAAUUCGAGCACCUGGGACUGUGGGUCCCUGUGCUAGCUGUCCUGCUGGGAGCGUGCCAGGCACAUCCCAUUCCUGACUCCAGCCCCCUCCUCCAAUUUGGGGGCCAAGUCCGCCAGCGAUACCUCUACACGGAUGACGCCCAGGAGACGGAGGCCCACCUGGAGAUCAGGGCUGAUGGCACAGUGGUGGGGACGGCCCGCCAGAGCCCUGAAAGUCUUCUGGAGCUGAAAGCCCUAAAGCCAGGGGUCAUUCAAAUCUUGGGAGUUAAAACAUCCAGGUUCCUGUGCCAGGGGCCAGAGGGGAGGCUGUAUGGAUCGCUCCACUUCGACCCCCAGGCCUGCAGCUUCCGGGAGCUGCUUCUCGAGGAUGGAUACAACGUUUACCAGUCUGAGGCUCUUGGCCUUCCACUCCGCCUGCCCCCGCACCGCUCCUCCAACUGGGACCUGGCCCCCCGGGGACCUGCUCGCUUCCUGCCACUGCCAGGCUUCCUCCCGGCACCCCUGGAGUCUCCAGGGAUCUUGGCCCCCGAGCCUCCCGACGUGGGUUCCUCGGACCCCCUGAGCAUGGUGGGACCUUCACAUGGCCGAAGCCCCAGCUACACUUCCUGAAGCCACAGGCUGUUUAUUACUGAGUCUCCU